AUGAUUGAUCUAUUGAUUUCUAUACCAAUAUUCUUCUAUACAGCAUUAUUCGAAAUUCUACUCGGAUUUCUAUUAGGAAUAAUUUGCUUCAUUGUUCUCGGCACAAUUAUUUAUGCUGAAAAACAGGAAGCUGGUAAGAAAUUGAAUUUUUUUAGUUAGGAUAAGUUUUGAUUUUUUAUAGGCAAUGAUUUGACUCGUAAAGUAUAUGAUAGUUUAUUAUCGGACGCUGAAGAAGAUAUGAAAUCGGAAGUCGAUAAAUAUACAUUGAUGAAAUUGAGUCCGAAAGAGUUUGAAACACCGCUUCAACUACUAACAGAAUUAGUCCGCCGAAAGACUCGAUCUAAGAAAAAUCAGGAAACGAAUCAAUAUUUCAAGCCAACUUCACAACCAAAAGAACUCGUCGAGCCGAGAGCUGAUGAAAAAAUACCCGAACAUUUGAAACCUGAAUUGUUUUUCGUUUUGAAAGCUCUCGAACCACUUGAAAUUCCUUCGACAUUUUUGUUGGAUUCAGAAGAUAUUGAGAUAAUGAAUGUUGAAAAAGGAGUGACACUUUUGAAACCCGGAGAUAUGAAUGAUACUUUAAUCGUUGUUGUAAGUGGCGAAAUUGGAGUUUUUACGAGUUCCACAUCGGUGAGUUUAAAAUUAAAGGGUUGUUGAAAUCUAGAGGUAUAAAAUAAUAAAAAGAUCCCCUGUUUGAAUUUUUAGUAGAAUGAAAAUGACGUGAAAAAUGCACAUCAAACUGGUUGGCAAAUAGCCAACGUGUAAAUUUCGCAUUUUAUUUUUCAAAAAGUCAAAAUUUCGACACAUGGAAUUAUUUUUAGAAACUUUCAGAGACAAACCUAUGGUUUUUAAUUUCCGAACUUACAGUAAUCCUAGACAAUUUAUAUCAUCAAAAUUGUCACGGGUAUGUUUCUCAACCAAAAUGUUUUCUAGAAAACAGUUCCACAUGAGAUCAAAGUGAAGCAUAUCGGAAGUGGUGAUUGGUAUUUCGCAACAACUUCAAUAAUUGAUAUUUUAAUGAAACACAAAUCACCCAACAAAUAUCUUCAUGUUCGUGCUCUCACAAAUUGUCGAAUUGCAAAAUACAAACUGUCAUCAUUUGCAAGCGCAUUUCAAUUUGAUCCAGUUCCAUGGAUUCGAACAAUUCAAGUAAUUAUGACACGUUUACAACAUUGUACACUUUUCACUUGUAAUAUGUAUUUGGGAAUUGGUGGAAAAUGUUUGGAUGCAAAAAGAAAGAAACCAAAACUUGGAGAAUAUGAGAAUAUUGCAGAAUGGGACAAAGGAAAACAAUUUGACGAAGGAUGCAAAUGGUUUGCUAAUUUCUUGGGAUGUCCUGAAAAUGUCGAUUUUCUUCAAAAACAUGCAAAACUCAUACAUGCUCCAAUUGGAACUGUUAUAACUGAACAAAACUCUUUCGAAAUUGAUAUGAUUUUCUGUUUGCAUGGACAAAUAACAUUGAAAAGAAGUGGAAAAGAGAUUGAUGAUACUGGAACAUCGCUGAUUUUUAGUGUUUAUUCUGGUGAUUUACUACCAUCAAUGCAACUUUUGACAAAUGAACCAUCGAUGUGUGCAUCUACAGCUGUCAAAAAUACGAUUUAUUUGAGAUUAUCUAGAGAUCAUUCGAUUGAGUGAGUUUGAGAAACGAAUAUUUAAAAACAAUUUCUGAACAACAAUAAUAAUAUUUCAGAUUUCUGACACUUUCUCCGAAUAUUUAUCUUCGUAUGGCAUAUCAUGCUCUUCAAUUUGUCUCUCCAUUUGCCCGUGUUUUUGAUUCUGCAGUUACUUGGGUUCGAAUUGACACAGGACAUGCAUUAUUUCGAGCUGGAGAUGAUUCGAAUUCGAUGUUUAUUGUAAUGGGUGGACGACUUCGAUCAAUUCAAAAUGAAAAAAUAAUUGAGGAAUAUGGAAGAUUGGAUGUUGUUGGAAUUAUUGAUAUGGUUGAACAGAAACCAAGAAAAUCUACUGUUUUGGCUGUUCGAUUUUCGCAUUUGGUUUGUAUUGGAGAUGAUUGUUUGAAUUUUGUCAAAAUGAGAUAUCCGCAGGUAAUAAAUACAAAGAAUAUUUGACACCAAAAAUCAGAUAAUUGAACUUGAAAAUUUUUCAGGCACGGAACAUUUUGAAAAUUUUUAUUUUUUAAUAGUUCCAAAAAAUAAUUUCUAAACAUUUUAUAUUAGGAGUCGUAGGCUAAAAAAAAAUUCAAAAUAUUUUUUUGAAAAAGCGAAUUUUUUUUGAAUAAAAAACAUAAUUUUACAAAAAUAUCAAUUUGAAUUCCAGGUUGGGACAAAAUUGUUGCAACUAAUCAGUAAAAGUUGGAAAAUUCCCGACACAACCGGCGUAAUUUCACGGCGUGACAAUCUUCGAACAAUUGCAAUAGUUCCCGCAUCUCGAAAUGUUCCUUUAAUUCCAUUCACUUGUGAACUCUACAAUGCUCUUUCAACUCAUAUCAAACCACUUAGGCUAAGUAGUACGGUAGUUGGCAAGUUUUUCGAUGCCUCAAUUAUGUCGAAAAAGGUGGAUUUUGGAAUGAUGCAUUGGUUGACAGUUCAAGAAAUAUCAUUUCCAUUAAUUAUUUAUCAAUGUGAUUAUGAUAAGACAAAUUGGACGAGAAGAUGUUUGAGAAUGGCUGAUGUUAUAUUAGUUGUUGGUUUGGGAAAUGAUCCUGAAAUGGAUCAAUCUUUAGCUGAUGAAUUAAUGAUGGCAAAUGAGAAAAUGUGUCGACAGAAUAAAGAAUUGAUUCUUUUAUGGACUGAUGAUACGGUAGCACCUAAAAUGACAUCGUUUUGGUUGAAAAACACAUAUUAUUCCGGAUAUCAUCAUUUACGAAUGCCAAAAAGGAUGUUAAAAUGGGCUCGUUCGAUGGAUGCGGAAGUUGAACAACAAAUCAUCGAAUUCUAUGAAAAAUUGUGCUAUGAUCGAAAAAAUGAACUGGGUUCUGAUUUUGCACGACUUGCACGCAUUUUGACUGGCAACGCUGUUGGUGUUGUUUUUGGUGGCGGAGGAGCAAGAGGUGCAGCACAUGCUGGAGCAUUAAAAGCAUUGUUAGAAAAAGAUGUGAGGAUUGAUAUGGUUGGUGGAACAUCGAUUGGUGCAUUGUUUGGCGCGUUUUAUGCCACAACACCGGAUAUGAGAGCGUUUGAGAGAAUGAAGGAUUUCUUCCAUGACCGGGCGACAAAUAUGGUUUGUGAUGUUUUGAGUGAUAUUACGUGGAUACAUACAUCGCUGCUCACUGGACACAAAUUCAAUAAGUUAGUUUAAAUAAUGGGAAAGACAUAGGUUUUGUAGAAAAGUUGGACUUUUAAAAGUUUCAUUUAAAAUUGUUGAUUCUACUUUUCUCCCAAUUUCUAAUCUUUUUCUUUCCAAAAUUUUUUCAAAAAACUGUACCCUUCUGAAAUUUACUGGAUCAAUAAAUGCAGAAAUUUUUAAUAAAAAUUCCAAACCGUGAAAAUCAUAUUAUAAAAUUUUCAAGAAAAGUGCUUCCCUAACCAAAUUCGUCAUUUUUUUCAAAUGUUUCUAUGGUUUUUUUGUCUAAUUCCCUAGGAUUACUCACAUGCUUCACGAGAUGCUAAAUUUCACCAGCCUCGUUUUAAUUGAUGUCUGAUCAACUUUUUUCUCAUUAUUUCAGAGCUGUUCAACGUGUUUUGGGACAAGUUUUAAUCGAAGAUUCAUGGAUUUCAUAUUUUUGUGUUACAACAGAUAUCAGUAAUUCAUCAAUGCGAAUUCAUCGAUCUGGAAUUAUGUGGCCGGUUGUUCGAAGUUCAAUGUCGAUUGCUGGAUAUUUGCCACCACUUUGUGAUCCACAAGAUGGACAUUUAUUAUUGGAUGGAGCUUAUGUUAAUAAUUUACCAGCUGAUAUUAUGAGGUCGGGAUGAUUUUGGGAGGGGCUAAUUGAGAAACUUGAAAAUUUAUGAAAAAAUAGGCUACUGUAAUUUUGUCAUGCCAUACAUUAUUUUGGACGUUUUCAUUAUAUUUUUUGUUAUAUGUUUCUGAAGAUUUUUACGGUUUUCACUCGAAUUAAAGAAAAUCACGAAAUUUUUAUUUAGUUUUAGAAACAGUGAAUUUUUAAUUUCAAAAAAUUCAUUUUUUGUCACGUAUCAAAAUAAUCAGAAAAGUUUGCCUCCAAAAUUUUUCAAUAAAUGUAAUUAUUUUUUUGCCACGUGGCAAAUAUGAAAACCCUAUAUCUUUUUUUUUCUAGAAAAAUCCGGUAAAAGAUUUUGUUUUUCAUAAGUUUAUUUUUUGUGGUGCCACGCAAAUAGUUCAAGCGAAAAUACUACUGAAGUCUGUAGUCCAAAAUCUAGAAAAAAAAUUCAGAGAUCAUUAGAUAUGUUUGCUGCCACGUGGCAAAUAUGUAUAUUUUUUCAAAAAUGACAUAAUAAUCCAUAAUGUUCCGAAGAUUAUCAAAAAAUAACAAUUCAUUCUAAUUUAUCUCAACUCAUUUUAUUUUUUCAUAGAUCAUUUGGUGCAAAUGUUGUAAUUGCAAUUGAUGUUGGAAUGGCUGAUGAUAAAACUCGUCUCACAGAUUAUGGAUAUCAUUUAUCUGGUUUUUGGGUUUUAUUCAAAAAAUAUUGGCCAUUUGGUUCACCAAUUCGUGUUUUAUCAAUGUCCGAAGUUCAAAAUCGUCUAACAUAUGUUUGUUGUGUAAAUCAAUUGGAAGCAGUCAAAAAAGCGCCGUAUUGUCAUUAUAUCAAAUUGCCAACCGAAUGUUUGCCCAUUUUUAAUUUCACAAAAUUUGAAGAAGCGUGGCAAAUUGGAUAUCAAUCAACAUUAAUACAAUUAUGUGAUAUACUUGGAGAUUCGAAAGAAAAUCGAGAAAAAUUACGAGGUGAAUAUCAAAAUAUUGGAAACAAUGUUUUGAGUAAAAAUGUGCCGAAUUCACUCGUCAAUUUAUCAAUAUUACCAAUGCUUUCGAAUUCAAAUCCUAUUUCAAAUUCAAAUUCAAAUACAAAUGGAAAUAUUGAACUAAACGAGAGUCCUAUUUUGAUUUCACCAGUUCUUCCAACACAUUCUGGACCGAAUUCAGCAUCUGGAAGUUUUGAGAAAUGCUAA